UUUCUCCGCUGAGUCAAAAUCGGACUCUUGUUUGGAGUUUUUUCCGUAACGCUUGUCAUGUUUUUUUUUUUUUUUUUUAAACAAAUUUUAUUUUAAACAUAUAUUUAUUUUUUCCGUGGAGUUUGGUGUUUAACUUUUCCCCUCAGCUUGACUCACAAUUUGCGACCCUACUGACUGACUGUGCGCCGUGCUGUACAUCUGCCGAGUAGCACCUCCUCCUCAACAGCAGCAGCGGCAGUGGUGGGACGAUACUCUCGAUCACCAUGUCACAGUUUUCAGGAUUUGUAAGUUGAUAGCGCUUUCCAGUUAAGCCUCCAAAUGCUCUUGAAUGAGAUGUUUUGCUGAGUUUAACUUCACAUCUUGACCAAGGUUUUCCUGAGAAUUACUCAUCGGACCACACACAAUGGCUUCCAAUAUAAUUGUGGAACAGCAGUUUUCUCAUAAAUUCACAGUGACGGUUGUUCGAGCCGAGAGCGUCACCAAGGGAGCGCUCGGUGACCUGUUGGACACCCCAGAUCCAUAUGUGGAGCUGUUCAUCCCAACAGCCCCAGAGAGCAGAAAGAGGACCAAGCACAUAGACAAUGACAUCAAUCCAAAGUGGAACGAGACCUUUACCUUCAUAUUAGACCCCAACCAGCAGAAUGUCCUGGAGUUAACAUUAAUGGACGCCAAUUACGUGAUGGAUGAGACGCUGGGGACUGCGUCCUAUGAUAUCACCAAGCUCAGCGUAGGCCAGACAAAGAUGGAGUCUUUCCUCAUUGGCAAAGCAACCAAAGUAUUCUUAGAGAUGUCACUGGAGAUCUGUACUAAGCUCGACCUGCGGUUCAGCCUGGCCCUGUGUGACAAAGAGAAGCGGUUUAGACAGACCCGCAGAGAAAGAGUGAUGCUGGGUAUCAAGAAGCUUCUAGACAUGGAGAAGCCUCGUUUCCUCCCCAGCUCUCCAGAGGAGGUGCCGGUGAUCGCCAUAGCAGGCUCAGGAGGCGGUUUCCGUGCCAUGAUCGGCUUUGCAGGUGUGAUGAAAGCCCUGAUUGAGUCUGGGGUCCUGGAUUGUGCCACAUAUGUCUCUGGCCUCUCCGGAUCGACAUGGUACAUGUCUGCUCUCUACUCUCACCCAGACUUUCCAAAUAAGGGCCCAAUGGACAUCAACAAGGAGCUGAUGAAGAGAGUUAGUGGUAACCCACUGAGGCUGUUGCUGCCCCAACACAUCACCAACUACAUCCAGGCCCUCUGGACCAAAAAGGCCACAGGGCAGCCUGUUACCUUUACCGAUAUCUUCGGUAUGCUCAUAGGAGAGACGCUUAUACCUUCGAGGAUGGACAUCAAGCUAAGUAGCAUCCAGGAGAAAAUAGACCAGGCCCAGAGUCCUCUUCCUCUCUUCACAUGUCUACAUGUCAAGCCAGAUGUUUCUGAGCUCAUGUUUGCAGACUGGGUGGAGUUCAGCCCGUAUGAAAUUGGGAUGGCAAAGUACGGCACCUUCAUGACCCCCGACAUGUUCGGAAGCAAGUUCUUCAUGGGAACUGUUGUCAAGAAAUACGAGGAAAACCCUAUUCAUUUUCUGAUGGGCGUGUGGGGCAGCGCCUUCUCCAUUCUGUUCAACAGAGUGCUGGGAGUCAAAGACACAGUUGGUGGCAGCACCAUGGAGGAGGAGUUAGAGCAGAUCAAACCACAGCACAUCGUUGGGGAAGACAGUCUGGACAAUGACGACGAGCCACGCAAAGGCGGGACAGAGAACCAGGAGGCAGAAGACGAGUACCAUCGCACCGCUCAGGCUAGCUGGGUUCAGCGAAUGUUUACGUCGCUCUUCAGUGACUCUUCUUUAUUCAACACAAGAGAAGGCCGCGCGGGGAAGGUUCAUAAUUUCAUGCUGGGCCUGAACCUGAACACCAGCAUCCCAUUCUCUCCAGCGAAUGAGGUCACGUACCAAGCCCCUACACCUGAGGAGGAGGUGGAUGCCGUCACAGACCCAGAUGAGUUUGAUCGUAUUUAUGAGCCUCUGGAUGUGAAGAGUAAGAAGAUCCAUAUAGUGGACAGCGGCCUGACCUACAACCUUCCCUACCCUCUCAUCCUGCGGCCGCAGCGUGGUGUAGACCUCAUCAUCUCCUUUGACUUUUCUGCACGACCCAGCGACUCCAGUCCCCCAUUCAAGGAGCUCCUGUUGGCAGAAAAGUGGGCUCGAAUGAACAAACUCCCAUUCCCCAAGAUCGACCCCAAAGUGUUCGACCGCGAGGGCCUGAAGGAAUGCUACGUCUUCAAACCAAAAAAAGGAGAAAAGAACUGCCCAACUGUCAUCCACUUUGUCCUGGUCAACAUCAACUUCAGGACAUUCAAGGCACCUGGUGUUCCCAGAGAGACUGAAAAGGAAAAGGAGCUGGCUGAUUUUGACAUCUUUGACGACCCUGAGUCACCAUUCUCCACUUUUAACUUCCAGUACUCCAACGAGGCCUUCACCAGACUCCAUGAUCUGAUGGAGUUCAACACUCUCAACAACCUGGAGGUGAUCAAAGAAGCCAUCAAGGACUGCAUCGUGUCCCGGAAGGAGAAUCCCUCAUGCGGCUCUCUUCCCUUCUCCCUCAGUGAGAUCCCGAAGAAGAAGUUUCUCAAAAGAGAUCCUCGGGUACAACCCUGGAAUCACCUGGGAAAUAAUAACUAGUAGCCUGAUCGAAGACUUUGGAUAAAGUGGACUUUUUGUAGAUUCUGUCUUAAAGAAAAGCAUUUUCUUUUUGGAAAAUGCUAUCACCUUGAUCUCUUUUCUAUAUACGUUUAAUCAUACUUUUAAUUCUCUAAAGAACCUUAAGGUUAAUUGGUACAAGCCUUAUGAUUGUGUUCCUGUACAACAGAGUGAGACUUUUCAUCUGGCUUUAUUUGCAUGAAUGUGGCUGCUGGGAAAACUGACGCUGUUUAUUGAGCACAAACAGCUGAUGUCUGUCUUUUCCCUGCUGGCUGCGAGAAAGACUGGAAAAAAAAUCAACACUUACUAAACACUGCAGUGUGGCUGGAUUGUUAGAGCUAACAUUUUUCUUUUGUUUUUGAUAUCUACUGAGAGUUCCUGUGUUAAACUGUGCUAUCUCUCUAUCUCUGUUAGUUUGAAAGAAGUGAAUACUUUCAUCUGCUCAUUCACUUCACUUUCAUGCAUCAUGUGAAUUUUCUUCCCCAGUUGCAGCAUUCCUAAUUCAUGCGGACACUUCUUGGCUUCGGUUCAUGCUGCCUCGAGCAAAGUUGUAUUUGCAUGUUUCCUAUGACUUUUUCUGCAGCCAUGCUGUUUAUAAAUUGUGCUUUGAGCUUUGUGAAUGCACUGUCAGAAGCCCCACCUGUCCUGUGUCAGCUGAACUCUUUCCAUAUUGAACGUGCAACUGCAGAGCAUGCAAAUCUCCAUGUUUUUUCUGUUUUUUUUCACCGGAUGGCUCGUCUAAACAUGUAAUCCUGUUUGAAAACAUGGAAGAGGAGCUUGUAACCAUUGGUUUUGUUUGAUAGCAACUCCUAAACACGCCAAGUGCACCCCCUCUGAUACCUCAAACAUCCCAAUGAUGCUUAUCCACCUACAGGGAAAGAGCACUCCCUGCUUGCCUGUAGGGAGUGUCUCAUAUUAAAGCCACCAUUUUGGAAAAACAAAACUUGAUACCAUAGAAACAGCCCUCUCUCUCUCUCUCUCUGUCUCUCUCUCUCUCCAUCGGGAUAAAGGUGUGUUUAUUUUCCCGACCAUGUUGUUCCAGGCUGCUUUUUAGAUAUAGGCACAGUUUGUUUUUCUCGAGCCAUUUCCUCCCUCAGCGAACCCAACAUGCUGCAGGACUCCUCUAACGGCCCCACACUGUGAAAUCAGCCAGAGAGGGAUGGCUGGGUGGAGUUGUGAUGUGCUAUCACGAGACCCGCUCGCAGCUGAAAAUGGUGGCUCUCUGCGGCACUCAGUGGAAUUUUACACACUACACCUACACCUGCAGCAGUGGAGGCCUGGAAUCUGACACACUACACCUAUACCUGCGGGGGCCCAAAGGCUGCACAAGGAGCAGUGGAAAUUUACACUGAAGAACUUCCUACCCUAUAUGCUCAUGUUUCUGCCCCGCUGGUUUGGAAGAAACUGAGGAGAAAAGUGUUGUGCAGUCUUGGUGCAGGGAUUCAUGACCUACAAACUUUUGCAACUUGCUAUUUUUAUCAGAUCAUUUGUGUCAGUUUUUGCAUGUUUUCUGUUGCAGGAUUCUCUUAUGUUUUCUUUAAAGAAAGAGUUAAGGGAAUAGGUUUCUUUGCUUUAGUUUAUUCUAGUCUGUUACAAAUGUCAGUGGUUGAAUAGGUUUUUCUUACUUCUGCAACCAAACCUGAAAAAAAGAGAUAAAAAGAGGAUGAAGAGUGUAAUCAGAUGGGAAAACAGCUAGCUUGGCUUUUUCAAAAUGUACAAAAACUAAAACGUGCGGAUUAAAAAGGCAAGAUAUAACAUGCUAGGAAUUUUGGAGGUGCCGGUAAGCGGAUUUUGUUACCCUGGGAGACACCCAGGUUAGCCCCUUGUUUUUGGUCUUUAAGCUAAGCUAAGUUAACCCGGCACAGGGUGGGUUCAGUCUUUAGGUCAAUUUGCAAAGAAGCACAUUCCCAAAAUGUUGAAAUACUCCUUUAAGACAAAGUAUAUACUCCAGUAUGCAACAACACAAGCAUUGAUCAUUUUACGGAGACAUCUCUAAGCUAUGAUGUUACACUUUUAUUUUUAUUUUUUAUCAUAAGGUUAGUUUAUUUAGAAAGCAUUACAUGAGCAGUAGCAUUUUAUUUCCUUUUUUUCUGUCAUAUUACAUUUUAUGAUCUUUGAUAAUGUUUACAAAUGUGCAAGAUGCUAAACAGUCAGUCCUAGGGAAUCAAGACGUGUACAAAUACUCCUGUGAUCAUUAACUGUUUGUAUAACUGUAUAACUGGCAAAGCAUGUCAUACAUAAUGUUUAUGUGCAUCGGAAAAGAACGACAAUAAAAGAGAGAAUUCA